GUGCCGCCAGCGAAGAUCCUGCACUACAAGCUAUAGCUUCACGCUGGCCAGCCACCAGUGACUUAUCUGCACCCUGCCUGAGCGCCUCGACUUUCCCACGAUGCUGGCAAGUUAAACAGGGUUUCCUGUUCUAAAACAAGAUGGAAGGCAAAAGUUCGAACAAGCUCACGGUGUCGGUUCUGCUGGUGUUCCUGCUUCUGGUUGGUGGUGUGUUCUUUUUUAUUCUAGAGAGAGAUUCUAUUCAUGCACACGCAGAGGACAAGAGGGAUGGCCACACGUCGCUAGAUAAGGAAGAUGUUCACCACGCGAACAAGCUUGAUCGUGAUAGCGAUGGAAUCCUUGACAUUCUGCAGCAUUGCAAGGAUGCGGACGGUGAUGGUACUCCGGACUGUAUGGAAGACAGUGACGGUGACGGAAUCCCCGAUAUUCUUCAGAGCAACAUAGAUUCUGAUGGGGAUGGAAUUCCGGACCGGUUAGAAGAUGAAGACGGUGAUGGAAUUCCUGAUAUUCUCGAGAACUGCAAGGACGAGGAUGGUGAUGGCACGCCUGAUUGUCUGGAAGAUAAUGAUGGUGACGGAAUCCCUGAUAUUCUGCAGGAUAACACCGAUUCAGAUGGUGAUGGAAUUCCAGACCGGCUAGAGGAUGAGGAUGGUGAUGGCAUUCCUGAUAUUCUUCAAGACAACACAGAUUCCGAUGGUGAUGGAAUUCCAGACAGACUAGAAGAUGAGGAUGGCGACGGAAUUCCUGAUAUUCUUCAGGAUAACACGGAUUCUGAUGGUGAUGGAAUUCCAGACAGAUUAGAAGAUGAAGAUGGAGAUGGAAUUCCGGACAUUCUACAAGACAACACAGAUUCUGAUGGGGAUGGAAUUCCAGACAGAUUGGAAGAUGAGGAUGGUGAUGGAAUACCUGAUUAUCUUCAGGAUAACACAGAUUCUGAUGGUGAUGGAAUUCCAGACAGACUAGAAGAUGAAGAUGGUGAUGGAAUACCUGAUUAUCUUCAGGAUAACACAGAUUCUGAUGGUGAUGGAAUUCCAGACAGACUAGAAGAUGAAGAUGGAGAUGGAAUACCUGAUUAUCUUCAGGAUAACACCGAUUCUGAUGGUGAUGGAAUUCCAGACAGAUUGGAAGAUGAGGAUGGAGAUGGAAUACCUGAUUAUCUUCAGGAUAACACUGACUCUGAUGGUGAUGGAAUUCCGGAUAGACUGGAAGAUGAAGAUGGCGAUGGAAUUCCUGACAUCCUACAAAACUGCAAGGACGAGGAUGGGGAUGGCACGCCUGAUUGUCUAGAGGAUAAUGAUGGGGACGGGAUUCCGGACAUUCUGCAGGAUAACACCGAUUCAGAUGGAGAUGGCAUUCCAGACCGGCUAGAAGAUGAAGAUGGCGAUGGAAUUCCUGAUAUUCUUCAAGAUAACACAGAUUCUGAUGGUGAUGGAAUUCCAGACAGACUAGAAGAUGAGGAUGGGGACGGAAUUAUUGACAUUCUUCAGGACAACACAGAUUCCGAUGGGGAUGGAAUUCCGGAUAGACUAGAAGAUGAAGAUGGAGAUGGUAUUCCUGACAUAAAACAAACAUUCAAGAAGCGUAAACUCCAUUCAAUAAACGUAAAAGAAACUAAAGUCAAACAAGCGCCAAAGCAAGGAAAGCCCGUGGCGAAACAGCCAGUGAAACAGACGAAACCAGUAGUAAAACAAGCGAAACCAGUAGUAAAACAAGUGAAACCAGUAGUAAAACAGGCAAAGCCAGUCGUAAAACAAGCAAAGCCGGCAACACCGAAGGUUCCACCGCAGGCCGCAAAACCUAAGGUCGUGCCGCACGCUAAGCACGCAAAACAAGCGCCCCCUAUGCAGUCACAUGCCCACGCCGACUCCGAGACGGCUGCCACCGAGGAGGCCCAGCACUCUCACGGCUACGCCUCGGGGGUAGAACUCGAGGAUGUUGACGACAGCGACGCAGGAGAGACCAACAUCAAGCUGAAGGAUUUCAGCGCCGACGACCUGACGAGCACCGAGGUAGACGAUGACAAGGCGGGAGAGGAUGGCAUCGUGCAGAAGAUGAAGUACCGCAAGAAGGCGAUCACGAACGAGGCCGACUACAACAUUCGAAAGAUGCUCGACAUGGCCGAACUGCAGCUAGAGAGAGGCGACGACCACCAGGCGAAAGAAAAGUUCGAGGAGAUACUUCGGAGUCACCCGUACAGCCCACGCGCUCACUACGGCAGGGCACAAGCUCUGGAGAGCAUAUCUGAGUUCAAGAAGAGCAAUAAGCUGUUGGAGCAGGCCAUCGAGAUGUACGAGCAGGUGACCGAGAUGCCCGAUGCCCCCUUCAUUCUCAUCCUGCAGUCCGGCAUCAGACAGGUGGACAGACUCCGCUUUAGAGGAUGUAAUACAAAUGAUGCGAGGUAUGACACGAUGGAGCGCGCCGACGGUACCGUCGACAACAAAGUUCUACGUGCAUCUCGGCGACUCGCUCUACAGAGAAGGAAAACACAUGAAGCGUACCAGCUGUAUAAGGACGGAGCGAGGCAAGGGCUCUUCCCAUCCAUGUAUCAGCGCUCUCCUAACGUUUACAACGUCGGCGGGCUGCGAACGAAGCCGUUCUGGAGCGAGAAGGAUUUCCAUCAGAAACUCGCCAUACUGUCGCUGGAGGACAAUUGGGAGGUGAUCCGAGAUGAAGCAGUGAGAGUGUACGAACGCGACGAAAACUUCAAGGUGGAAGGAAUCAGCUACACAGAGGGAGACUGGAAGCGAUUCUUCCUCUACUCGAAAGAUUAUGGGAGCUUAGAUAGAAAAAACUGCAGACGAACGCGAAGCGUGCCCAAAAUCUUCGACGGCAGAUCAAAGACGCCGUUACCUGCAAGCAGAGGACAGGUAUCGCUGUCGGUCAUGAUGCCAGGAACCCACGUCUGGCCGCAUACGGGGCCUAGCAAUACGAGGCUGCGCUCGCAUCUCGGUCUUGUCACGCCGAAGGGAGCCAGAAUGCGGGUCGGACCGGAAACGAGGGUCUGGAAGGAAGGAAAAGUUCUCAUCUUCGACGACUCAUUCGAGCACGAAGUGUGGAACGAUGGCGACACCUAUCGGCUACUUCUUCUCAUCGACUUCUGGCAUCCGGACCUGACGGAAGCACAGAGAGAAAGCCUGUCUCCGUUGUGAAUAGUGCCGCCAUGCUGAGCAUGUCCUCUCCGCAACUACCGUGCGCGUUUUCUGCUAAGGGGAGUUCCGAACGCGAGAACAAUAUCGAGUAACGUAAACAAAGAUGGCGGUAAAAGCGUACGCAAAGAUCGCGGUACAAGCAUACGCAAACAUGGCGGUACAAGCGUACACAAAGAUGGCGGUACAAGCGUACGCAAAGAUGGCGGUACACGCGUACACAAAGAUGGGGGUACGAUCGUACACAAAGAUGGCGGUGCAAGCUUACCAAACAUGGCCGAGUGCACGUCUGCAAUGUGUGUGAUGGUUACACCGCUUUGGACACGUCGGGGUUAAAUCGGACGUGCUUGCUUUGUUCACGGUGACAUCUAUCAGUUUCGCAUGCAAUUGUACGGUCAAGUGUGCAAAGCUGUAGCAAUUAGAUAUCAAACAUGGCGUACGGUCUCCCGUUAGCAGACGCGUCACGUGGGUCGUAGCGUUAUCAGACAUCCGCACGUGUAUUACCUUUGAUAGCGCUACGACCUUGUAAUUUUGUGCGUAUUUGGUGCUAUCGAGUUUCCUUUUUGUUAUAAACUUUAAUAACAGUGGCUUUGAAAUAGCAUGUGAGAACGUCAAACAUAGGAAGAUCGGUAUGAACUGCUCCCAUAAUCAAAUGGUUUACGCCGGUGUUUUCGCCACAUCCCCACACCUUAUACACUCUACUGAUAUACAGACGCGCGCUAAACUAUUGUUUUGUUUGUUACAUAGUCAAUACUGGGCAGGAACCAUUGUGGCGAUCCGUUCAUACUCAAACUAACAAUAUAUACACUUCCAUUGUUAUAAAAAAAUUUAAAUGCUC